UUGUCUCCCUUACAUCCCAGCCAAACGAGCAGAGCACAGCCAGCAUGUUUCUCCUCUUUCUUGCUGAGUCCUGAUAUGGAAUGAGAAGGGCACACUGCUACAGGAUGGAACGACCGAGGGGUACAAUGCUCACAAGACUGUACAAAAAAAUCUUGGCGAGAGAAGCUGUUACAGAGAAGAAAGCUGAGAUUUGAAUUGUAAUUAGUAGGGAGGUUAGGAAGUUCGGCUGUGUCGUAGUCAGACAUCAGCUCAUAGCUCACAGAUCCUGCCUGUACUUCCUUUAGUUUAGUGUGUAUGCUAGCUGCAUGGAUCCUCCGCACCCUGUCGCGAGCCUGAUGAAGCCUUUUUGUCGUUGUUUCAGCCUGCUCCCACUCCCAAGUCAAGACUGGAGCAAGAGUGACGAGAGGCUCGUCCAGGCUGUGGACCAAAACGAAGCAGACAAAGUGUCCGCCCUCAUCCUUAAAAAGUGUCUCUGUCCCACCAAGUUGGAUGCCGAGGGCAAGUCGGCCUUCCAUCUGUGUGUGUCUCGAGGGCGUGUUGACUGUCUGGAGGUCAUCAUUGCUCACGGAGCAGACCUCAAUGUCACAGAUGGUGCCGGCUUUGGUGCCCUUCACCUCGCAGCCAAAAAUGGACAGACAGAGUGUUUAAAGAGACUUCUACAGGAGAGAUUGGAAGUAGAUUGUACAGACUCAAUUGGAAGGACGCCCCUCCACCAUGCAGCGGUCAGUGGCUGCUUAUCCUGCAUUGAGACCCUAUGGGACUUUAAAGCUGAUCUUGAUGUCCAGGAUGGGGAUGGAGCCACCGCCCUCAUUCUGGCCGCUCAGAUGAGUCGAGUGGAGCUGUGUAUCUUUCUACUGGGUCGAGGUGCCAACGCAAACAUUCAGGACAACCAGGGGAGGACUGCCUUGAUGCUAGCCUGCGAGAGUGACAGUGCCGAGACAGUGGCCGCUCUGCUGAGGAACGGGGCCAACACGCAGUUGAUCGACGGCCUCGGAAACAAGGCGGACAACUACAGCCCCAACAUCCAUCACAUUGUGCACAUGUUGCAAAAUGGAGCACCUCCUGGUACGCCCCCCCAGAACAACUCACGGGCCUCACUGGUGCAAGGAGGUAGUAGCCCCCGUAAAAGGAAAGCCCCUCCCCCACCACGCUCUCCUCUCCAGGGUUUUCCACCCACGCCUCAUCCGCAUAGUCCCGCUUCUCCCGUUCAGUCACCCGAGCCCCCCACUCAGUCACCCUCUCCUCAGCAUCCAGAAUCACAUCACUCAGUCCAGGUGGAAGAUGAGGAGGUGUUUGAGGAAAUUCGGCGGCUGCGUCUUGAGCGAGGCCGUCUCCUCCAGAAGAUAAAAGCCUUGGAACAGCAGCAACAGAGUGCCCUCUCUGCCUUGGAGGAGCUCUCCCAACUGAAGCUGCGCCUGAAGGAGGCAGAGGCUGAGAGGGACAGGUUGAUCGAUGAGCUGAAGGGACUGCAUGACGGGGCGAGUGACUCUGAGGAUAUGGAGGAAAUGUUUGACUUCCCAGAGAGGUUGCUCUCCAAGCGUUCCAGAGCCUCACCCGUUCGCGACGAGGCCUCCUCUGAUGCACAAUCAGCCAGCCCGCCUGUCGACCCCGCAGACCAGGGAACUGUGGAAGAAUUACACCAAAAAAUAGAGGAACUCACAUCACAGAACGCUGAGCUUGUUCUCAAAGUGCAGGUGUUGGAGAUGUUUGAGAAGGACGACACCGACAUGCAAAGCCCCGGCGCGGGCUUUGUCCCCAUAGAACAGUACGAGACCAUUAGGAAGGAGUUUGAAGCCCUGCAGGAGCGAUUCACUCAGGCUCGAAUGUCCAAUGGGGCGUCCGGUGAGGAGGAGGAACGUGGUGACGAAACAUCUCGGGCUGAAUGUUCAGAGAGUCCAGAGGCCCUGAAGGAGAAGCUGCAGAGGCUGCAGGGCCAGUUGGCCUCCUCCCUGUCCGAGCUGGAGCAGCUAAAGGAACAAAUGCGUUUUGGGGUGUUCUCCGUGGACUGUGGCGAAGGGGAUGCAGCGGCAGCAGGUGCCGGUGAGAUUCCAGACCCAGAGGCCAAGCAGCUGAGGGCAAGGGUGGACAAGUUAGAGGAGGAGCUUGCUCAGAGACAGGCCAAAGCGGUUGCUCAGAGCUCCGAGGACGCUGAAAGAAUCAAACAGCUGACAGGGAGAGUCGAGCAACUCCAAGCUGCUCUAGUCCAGAAAAAGUCUGCGGACGACGGCGGCUGGACAAACUCAGGCGCAGGAGACCAAACCGAAUCUGUGAAACGUGAAGAUAAAGUGGCUGAGCUGGAGGCGAUUGUGGCAGAGGGAGGGAGCGUGUCGGGAGGCGCGGGACCAAAUGGAGAUCAGAAUCGUCGCCUUAAGGAACGUGUGGGGGAGCUGGAGGGCGAGCUGAAGAAGUGUGUGCCCCGGUCACACCUGGAGGAGGUGCAGGUCACCCUGGGCCUCCAGUGCGAACAGCUGGCCAGAGAGAGAGCGGAGGUGGCGAGGAGGCUCAAUGAUGCCCUCCUCCAGUUGGACAGAGUCAGGCCACCUGCGAAUGGCGAAGACGAGGAUGAAGAAGAAGAGCACUCGGAGAGCUCAGAGCUCUCAGUUUCAUCAGAGCGCUCAAGACGUACGCUGGCGGCUGUCCGCGAGGAGCUGGAGGUGGCUCGACAGGAAGCUGCCCAGGCUCUCGACUGCUUAUGUGCCGAGCGAGAGAGUCACGCCCACGACGCCCUGCACCCGAAGUACGUCGUGCCUCUGUUGAAGCACCAAGAAGCGCUGUCCGCCGUGUCGGAGCAGCUGGCACAAACCCUACAAGAGCUCCAGGAGGAAAAGACGCUGCGGACGGAGGCUUCAGAGCAGGCGGCCAGAUUAGAGGCCAAACUAGAGGCCGCACGUGAGGCCGUACCGAAGGAGGAGCACGAGAAAGUCAAGGCAGAACUCGAGCGCUCUCUGCAGGCCAGUGAGAGCAGUGCAGCGGCAGCUCAGGAGGCUCUGAGUGACAAGGAGGCAGAACUGAGGGAACUCAAGUCCCAAAAGGCCGCCCAGCAGGGUCUUAUCUCCAAGGAGGACCACGAGGCCCUGCGGCUGUCCAUGCAGGCCGAGAUCAACGCCAUGGUGGCCCGGCUUAACGACCUCACGCGCAAACAUGAGAAGACCUGCACUGAGGUGUUCCAGGUGCAGAGGGAGGCUCUCUUCAACAAGAGCGAGCGUCAAGUUGCGGAGACACAACUGGUCGCUGUACAGCAGCAGCUGCAAGAACUGCAGGCCAAGUCCAGUCACAUCCAGGAACUCCACACUAACAUUCGGGAAUCUCAAGGCCUGGUGAAGGAGAAGGACCGCAAGAUAACAGAGCUUUCUAAGGAGGUGUUCCGGCUCAAGGAGGCGCUUGGAUCUCUGUCACCACCUCUCGGCAUUACGUCUUCCGGCUCACACACGCAUCACGGGAACCCAGGACAGCAAUUGGCGCUAAAGAACAGGAUCGCCAUACUCAGCCAGCAGCUACAGGAUUGGGAAAGAAAACACAAACAGGUGGUGGCUGUGUAUCGUUCUCAUUUACUAGCAGCCGUGCAGGGUCGUAUGGAUGAAGAGGUGCAACGUCUGCUCCUGCAGAUCCUCAGGAUGAGCCAGCAGGGUCAAUGAGAUCCGAGUCAUCCAUCAUUAUAACAAAUCAUAUCAAGCAAACACAAGAUGGUGAGCUAACAUUAUCGCACACCAUGUCGAUAUACCUCCUCGGGGCUGUAAGUAGCACAUGGGGUGACAUUGGCCAAGCCAGGACACCAUUAGGGUUUUUUUUUUUUUUUUUUUUUUCUUCGCUUUCUGACAACUGAAUGACAUUUUGUGUGCCUCAGCAUGCCCAAAAACAAAGCAAUUUUUGCAAGGGUGUAUAACAUACUAGCACAUUUUGAUUUGAAGCGGCCAUUUUUGGCGAAUCGAAGGGCUCGUACUUUGACAAUGCAAAUGCGUGACGCUAAAUUGUCAAGCCUUUUUCGGCUACACCAGUGAUUUACAACCAGAAAGAUCAUCCGGUGUGCCGUGGGAAAUGAUCCAAUUUCACUUAAUUGGUCCGUGUAUCUUUCUAAAGAUCAUUUAAGAUUCAGUAUGAAAAAGGGGUUUGAGGGGGCUUUAAUUGCCUUUGUUAUAUUAGCAGAACAAACGGGCAAUAUCUCACACGCAAUACAUGUUUAGCUUUAAGAAAGUAAUGAAGUUGCUAUUAAGCACAAUAAUAGUAUUAGCUUCAUCCCCACAUCGAAGCUCUAAAACUUUACAAUGAAGUUUGAAAAUACAUGAUGUGUGGUGUUAUUCUUAGAAGAUACAACAGUUGUGCGCUUUGCCUACCAUUUUUCACAA